AUGGAAAUGAUAAGUGAUUUGAAUCAACCCUGUCUAGCUAUUGGAGACUUUAAUGCUAUUACUUCAGCUGAAGAGAAGAUUGGAGGUAAAAGUCCAAAUAGAAGUUCAAUGAUGGAUUUUAAUAAUUGCUUAGAUACAUGUGAAUUAAUACAAGCUCCUAGUACUGGUCUUCAACACUUUUGGUCUAAUUGCCAACAUGGAAAUAAAAAGAUUUUAUGCAAGCUUGACAUAGCAAUUUUCAAUCUUUUGUGGUUACAAAAAUUUGAAGGUUGGAGUUAUAAAGUGGUAUUAAGAGUUGCAUCUGAUCAUGCUCCCUUGCUGGGUGGUGGUGCUCAAAUUCCUAAGCCACAAAAUGCUCCUAUGAGGUUUCAAAAGAUGUGGGUUUCACAUCCAAAUUUUAUGGAAGUAGUACAAAAGUGUUGGUCUGAAGAAAUAAUAGGUGAUCCAGCUUUUAUCUUGCAACGGAAACUAAAAAAAUUAAAGAAGAUUCUUAAGGAUUGGAAUUGGAAUGUGUUUUGGAACAUAAAUGUACAAGUUAAGGAGGCAGAAGUAAAAGUGCAAGAAACAAUGGUCAAUUCUGAUAAUAAUCCAUUUGAUGAGGCAUUUCUUAAUACUUUGGUGGAAGCCCAAAACUUAUAUAAUUCUAAAGAAGUACAACUCAACACUUUUCUGAAACAAAAAUCAAGAACUAAAUGGAUAAAAGAAGGAGCAGCUAACUCUAGUUUCUUGCAUGCACAACUUAAAAUCAGGCAAGCAAGGAACAUGAUAAUUGAAUUGGAAGAUGGUAAAGGGAACAUAAUUGUUGAUCAAAAGCAAAUACAGAAUGAAUUGGUGAAACAUUUUGAAAAUAAAUUUAAGUACAAGGAAGUGGAGAAUGUUGAUCAUAUGCUAAGAGGCAUACCAUAG